CGGCGGUUCCGGUUCCGGUUCCGCCGUGCCCCACGUGCGGCCCUGUGGCGGCAGCGCUCCGGGAUGCGGCUCCGGUUGGCCACCGCCGGGCCCGGCGCGCUGAAGGUGCUGGCGGCUGCCGGCGCCGCCUCCGCCCCGGUGCAGGUCGACUGGGGAGGACCUUCAGAGCGGCCGCUGGGCCCCCCGUGCGCCCCGGCGCUGGAGCUGGACACCGGCACCGUCCUCUUCUCGCCCAACGCCAUCUGCCAGUUCUUCUUCCUGGCCCGCGGGGAGGACCUCUCCGACCUCAGCACCCAGUGGCUGGAGUGGGAGGCGACCGAGCUGCAGCCGGCGGCCUCGGCCGCCCUGUACGCGCAGUUGGUGUGCGGCAAGAAGGGGCUGGAGGCGGUGGCGGCGCUGGGGAAGCUGCUGCGGCACCUGGAGCGGAGCCUGGGCGGGAGCGGCACUGCCUACCUGGCCGGGGACACCUGCUCGGUGGCUGAUGUGGUGGUCUGGGGGUCGCUGUUCCUGCUGCUCCGGGACGAGGCCAACCUGCCAGCGGAGCUGCAGGCUCUGCGGAGCUGGUUCCAGAGCAUGACCCUGUCGGAGGCCUGCAGGAAGGCUGCAGACUGCGUCCUGGUGCCCAAAGCGCUGCAGGACUUCACCUCCUACCUGCAGAAGCAACCUCCCCCCUGCCUGCCCGCGGGGGAGAGCAUCAGCAACGAGCCUGAGGAGGAGGAAGGCUCUGAGCGAGCUCUGACAGAGGAGGAGAUCGCAGCAGCUGUGGAAGCCUGGAACCAGGGCCCUGCAGGCCUGCCCAAGCCCUGGCACCCUCCCAAACCCGUGCUGCCCGUGGAGGGCAUGAGGAACAUCCUCAUCACCAGUGCCCUGCCCUAUGUCAACAACGUGCCCCACCUGGGCAACAUCAUCGGCUGCGUGCUCAGUGCUGACACCUUUGCCAGGUACUGCCGCCUGAGGAACUGGAACACUCUGUUCGUGUGUGGCACCGACGAGUACGGCACUGCCACCGAGACCAGGGCGGUGGAGGAGGGGCUGAGCCCGCGGGAGAUCUGCGACAAGUACAGUGCCAUCCACGCUGCCAUCUACCGCUGGUUCCGCAUCGACUUCGACUACUUCGGCCGCACCACCACGCCCCAGCAGACCGAGAUUGCUCAGGACAUCUUCCAGCGCCUGCUGGCCAGGGGGUUCCUGCUGGAGGACACUGUGGAGCAGCUCAGGUGUGAAAGCUGCCAGCAGUUCCUGGCUGACCGCUUCGUGGAGGGCACCUGCCCCUUCUGUGGCUACCAGGAGGCUCGUGGGGACCAGUGUGACAAGUGUGGCAAACUCAUCAAUGCUGUGGAGCUGAAGAACCCUCAGUGCAAGCUCUGCAGGGGUGUCCCCGUGGUCAGACCCACCCAGCAUCUCUUCCUGGACCUGCCCAAGCUGGAGGGGAGGCUGCAGGCCUGGCUGGAGCAGUCGUGGGCCACGGGCACCUGGACGGCCAAUGCCAGGCACAUCACCCGCGCCUGGCUGCGCGACGGCCUGCGCCCACGCUGCAUCACCAGGGACCUCCAGUGGGGCACCCCUGUGCCCCUCGACGGCUACAGGGACAAGGUCUUCUACGUCUGGUUCGAUGCCCCCAUUGGCUACUUGUCCAUCACUGCCAACUACACCCAGGAGUGGGAGCGGUGGUGGAAGAACCCCCAGCAGGUGGAGCUCUACAACUUCAUGGCCAAGGACAAUGUCCCCUUCCACAGUGUGGUGUUCCCCUGCUCGCUGCUGGGGGCUGAGGACAACUACACCUUGGUCAACCACCUCAUUGCCACAGAGUACCUGACCUACGAGGAGGGGAAGUUCUCCAAGAGCCGCGGCGUGGGCGUGUUCGGGGACGCGGCGCAGGGCACAGGCAUCCCUGCCGACACCUGGCGCUUCUGCCUGCUGAGCCUGCGGCCCGAGGGCCAGGACAGCGCCUUCAGCUGGGCCGACCUGCGCCUGCGCAGCAACGGGCAGCUGCUCAACAACCUGGGCAACUUCGUGCACAGGGCUGGGAUGUUCGUCUGCAAGUUCUUCGGGGGCACCGUGCCCAGCAUGGUGCUGAGGGCAGAGGACCAGAGGCUGCUGGCCAGGGUGAACCUGCAGCUGCAGCACUACCACCAGCUGCUGGAGCAAGUCCGCCUUCGCGAUGCCCUCAGGUGCAUCCUCAGCAUCUCUCGCCAUGGCAACCAAUACAUCCAGGUCAACGAGCCCUGGAAGGGCAUCAAGGGGGGUGAGGAGGACAGGCAGCGCGCAGGCACCGUGACAGGGGUGGCAGUGAACGUGGCCUCCCUGCUGGCAGUGAUGCUGCAGCCCUACAUGCCAGGGGUCAGCCUGGCACUGCAGCAGCAGCUCUGCAUCCCCCCCGACUGCUUCGUGCUGGGGCAGCACUUCACCUGCACCCUGCCCCCCGGGCACCGCGUGGGCACUGUGAGUCCUCUCUUCCAGAAGCUGGAGGAGGAGCAGAUUGAGGCCCUGCGGCAGCGCUUCGCAGGGGGGCAGCCUGAAGAGUGCCCUGAAGGGCCCCAGGCCAAGCCAACCCCCCCAGCCCCGGAGGCUCCUCCAGCCCCAACCCCCUCGGUGGCUCCAGGGGACCCCCAGCUGGCACAGAGGCUGGCAGAGGAGGUGGCCAAGCAGGGCACCCACGUGAGGCAGCUGAAGGCCACCAAGGCAGAGAAGUGCCAGGUGGAGGCAGAGGUGGCCAAGCUGCUGGAGCUGAAGCGGCAGCUGGCACUGGCCGAGGGCAGGAGCCCUGAGCCGCUGCUGCCCAAGGGCAAACGCAAGAAGUAGAACCCCCCCCCCAGUGCCCACCCCCACCCCCACCCCCACCAGAGAGCAGCCUGGGCCAGGCCUGGUGCCAACUGCUGUGUAAUAAACCACAGGACCCCUCCCA